CAUACUCAGAAAAAUAUUCCUUGGAUCCAAGACUAGACCUAUGCGCACUUCUGGCGGCGCGGGUGCCUCUGUGAGGCGGCUCCGCGACGCCACGCCAGGUCCCUUGCAUCCGCUAAUCACCUUUCUAUUGACUCUAUUGCUUCUAUGCUCGCUAGUUGCGGCGGAACCAGCUUCGCAAGCUGCUCACCAGCGUCGCGAAUGGAGUCCGCAGAUUCCGCUCGAGAGUCAAGUGACAGUAGGCACCGACGGCAUUGCAACGUCGCGUGGAGCAGGACGCAGACGCAGUGACGGACUGUCCAUCACGCGCAGCAUACCCGUGGAUACCGGUAUCGCUCCUGACGCGGCAGUGGACAGCCAGGCCAUUAAGUUCACACCUGCUCGAGUAGACCUUGGACGAGUGGAGACGUGCUCUCCACAACGAUAUUACGUCGGGGUGGAGAACCGAGGGCGAGUGUCAGUAAGACUUGACGGCGCAGACUUUACACACGAAGGUUUUUCACUAGCGACCGACGUUCGAGGCAUUCGAUUGGAUCCUGGUGACAAAUUCAACGUGCAGUUUGUAUUUCUGCCCGACGAGGAGGAACCGAAUGGAGUGGAUGCUCAUUUGAGAGUAUUAACGACGUCGGGACUAUUUUCUUUGCCUAUUAUCAGCUCGGAGGUGGUAACCAAUCGCUAUGGCGUUAGCGCUAUUCGAACAUCGGUUCCUGUCGGAGUCCGCUUUGAACAAUCAUUACAAUUUAUCAACCCUUCGAACUCUACAAUUCGAAUUACAGAGGUAUACGCACUGGACAGCUUUGUUCAUAUUGAAUUGCUUAACGCUAGUAAAUGGAUUGGGCCCCGAUGGCCACGAGAAGGUGAUGACAAACAGAAGCAAGAGGUUCCAGGCGAAUACGAUCCUCAAUUCGACUAUACAAGACGAGCGGACCGUGGCGCUUGGGAUAUGCCCGCAGGAACGACGAGCCCGUUGAUUAAAGUGUCAUUGCAAAAGAACACACCUGUGGGUGAGUUCUUUACGUUUAUUCACAUUACCGCUGACAAGCGGCGCUUGCUGAUGAUUCCAGUGCGUAUCACGGUGCUGAAGCCAGGAAUCCAUAUUGAACCAGACGAACUGGAUCUGGGAGUGCUGACCGACCUUAACGACGAUGCGCAUCGUCGAAUUAUGUUCACUUUGUACAAUGCCGGCGUGAAUCCUAUUGAAAUAUUGGAGUUAAAAGUCUUAGAGAGUAACUUGAUCGUCUCGGCGGAGCUAUGGGGCGCAUCUUCUGUAAUUCCUCCGCGAACUGAGAUAUUUAAUGCGCUUGCUAUCCAGAUUCGAGUAGACAAAGAAACCACAGGUAAUUGUUUUGCGUCGUUGAUGCUGACGACAAACGCGUCGAGUUCGGAGCUGGGACAACAGAGAUUGAAAUUGUAUGGACGAGUGGCGCAUGGAAACGUGGCUUUUCAACUCAACGAGACCCGAUUUGGAGUCACCGUGCCUGUAGAUAAUGUAUUACGUGGAGAGAAUAAUGGUGAUGGUUUCAAUAGCACCGUAAAUGAAACUUGUGGUGAUCGACUUACAGAAGAUCACGAGGUAUCGGCUACCAAGCUGGUAUCAAGUAUUGGCAGAAAAUCCGUGAAGGGGAUAAUGGCUGGAACAACUGCAUAUCGAAAACUUCAGUUGUGGAACAGAUUCGAUUGCCCCGUGGAGCUACAGCGCGUAUGGGUGGACUCUGCAUUUCCAGAUCAAAGCGAGGUGUCAGUGUACAGGUUUAAGCAGGGGGUAGUACCUGCUGGAUCUGCUUGGCCGGAGAUUUCUCUCCAGAUCACGCCACAGCUGGAAAGUAACCCAGAGUUUUUUGUAGCGCGAUUUCUCUCUUUAAUGGUGGAGACGAAUGUUUCUCGUCAUCGUAUCCAGAUAAGUGUAUACCACGGAUUCCUGAACAUGAACUCGACCAGGGGGCUUCAAAAUUAUUCCGUUUCAGGCUACUAUAAUGUAAAUUCAUCACAGUCGUGCUUGGAAGUACCGAAAGGAGGUCUUGUGACGGGGUUACCUCCUCGUAUCGAGGGUGGAGAAGCAACAACGAACACGCACGCCGUUCAAAUAUGCCGGUCGCUGCUGUUCGACUUUGAAAAGGUGGCGUCUCACCGAUCUCGUACCGAGGUGGUGACAAUGACGAAUGAAAAUCCUGUGCCAGUAGCGUUGAAAAUCUCGAAUGUGUCUGCAAGUGGCAUCGUUGGCAUAUCCAUUAAAGCGGAUAUUACUCUGGUUCAUCCUGGUUUCGUCAGUGGGAGUUCGCGCUAUUGGAAUAAUGUUUUAGGAUACAAUUCAACUAGCAAUGGCAUAAAAAGUGUCGAGGCUGGCGAUAGUUUUAUUCUCCUGCCCGGUUAUCAAGUGGAAUUUAGCGUGAAUAUUACGGCGAAGGAUAGACUGGGGGAUCUUACCGUUCCAGUCAUGACAGUGGAGACGCCCAGUGAGAUAUUCCAUAUCUACGUGAGACUUCGCAGUGUGCAAGGCACGGUCGAGCCAGUCACACCAGCGAUCGUUUUGCCGUCGAUGUUUCCAGGGCGUACUGAGAUUAUUCAUCUACAAUAUCGCAACACCUUUGAGCACACAGUGACACCAUUGAUGGCUACAGUCAGCAGUUCAAACCUGAAGAUCUUGUCGAUAAGGGAUGAAAUAGCACCCAGACAAGUUGAAAGCGUGUUGGAUCUGCUUUUCUCCCCAGCGGAGAGCUCGAAAUGCUCUGAUGCAGUGUUCCUCGCGGACUGCUUGAUGUCUCUACCGGAUACUGAGGACGAGCAAACAUGCAAGCAGCUUUCGAACUAUGGAGAGUUUGUGGAUAAAUAUGACUUGGAUGCACUGCGGCGUCGCGAUGCGUUUUGGAGGAAAACGCAAGAAUCCGAUCUCCAGUCAGCAGUGGAAGUCCAGGUACAUUUACAGACUGAUAUCAUUGAAGAUGUAGCGGAAGUCACGAUCAAGGCGUUCCUUGAACGCCCUCUGGUUACUGCGGCGAGCAACGACGCAUCGAACGUGAUUAAGAGGACGGAGUUUGAGUUGACAGAGCUUCUUGACUGCAGCCAUGUUUUCAUCAAUGUGCGCAAUCCAAGCAACAUCUCAAUUCAGAUGGAAUUGGCGAUCGCUGAAGAAGAUUACGAAUUGUUUUAUCCCUGCACCGCAGAGUGGAAUGGCGAUUAUGGAUUGGAUGGUAGCAAGAACGGAGACACAGGAGAUGAUCCAGAAGAUAUUUCGUCAUUGUGCUUGGCUGAGUGGAAAGCAGUGACUAUGGAUGCUGUAGAGUUACUGCGGGAUGAGCACGUGGACAUUGAUAUGCCCCCAUUUUACUUUCAGAGGAAGAUCAUACAAGUCCCAGCAGGAGAAGAAGCGCAGCUUGGACCCAUCUACUAUCUCCCUUCUAGAGUCCAUGAAGUGGCUACGACAGUGUUUGUGCGGAAUGAUCUCACUCACAUUGAACCAGUGCAACUACGUGCGCGCAGUGGGAAAGGAACUCUCGAUUUAUUGGUGGAUCCACCUGCUGACUCCGCGAAGACUCGCUUCGAACCGAAUGAGCGUAUCGAAGAAAACAUUGCACAGGAUUAUUCACAACUCAGACACGAUGGCACUCUACACUUUGCCCUGACUAAUGACGAUACGUUGACUGAUUACACUCAAGGCGCUGAUAUCCUCCUUUCAAACACAGGAUCAUUUGGCUUAGUCAUCCAUAGUAUGAACGUGGAAUCUCCAUCGACGAUGCAGCCCUGGACUUCGGAUGCAGAGUCACUAACAAGUGACUUUGUGGUGACGUUGGAGGAAUUCACGGGGGAGGAUGGAGAAAAUGGCCAAGUAACGCUUCAACCUGGAACGUCUGCACGCUUUCGUGUAUCUUUCUGCGCUACUUGUUAUGCUGCCAGUGUGACAAGCUGGCUGGUCAUCGAUACCAGUGACGGAAUCAAGCGCAUUCACCUUCAAGGCGCAAUUACAACGGAUGCUGCUUUCUCGUGCUUGCGCUCUCGAAUGGCUCCUCUAUUACGGCAUGCAUUCCACUUCGCGUGGAUGAUUGCAGCAGCGGUGACCGUAAUUUCUGCACUUUAUGCCACGGUGUUGUUGGCGUAUGACGCAUGGAGUCAAAAUGCUGUACCCGAGCUUCAAGCGCUCACGCUCGCAGCUAAAAUUGACAGUACCAGCACGAAUACGACACUACUUGACACAACCGAUAGCAGAACUGCGAAUAGGGAGGAUGAAAACAAGGCAUCACCGCACAAUUUAACGUCGAUCAAUCGUCUCCUGGAAGAUAUGGAGCAAGCAGCAUUCGCUUUAUCAACUCGCGUAGGGACACCUGCGGUUUUUCAACUGUUGGAACAGCGCCGCAAAGGAUUAUCUUCAAGUGUUCGUUGCAGUCCACCUUCUGGAAAUGCCAAAGUUGAUAAAGGUGAAACAACUACUGCAACUCUGAAUACGAAGUCGAGUUCGUGUGAAAACGAAGCCACUUCGCCUUCAGUUGAAGUCGAGAGAGAGCCACCGUCUGAUGUGGCAUCUACAACAGCAGAAGCAACUGUGAACGAUGCUGGCAGCGAAGACACGUGUGCGUCGCUAUUACCAACAAAUGCAGCACAAAAUGCGUCCAGUGUUAUCAAACUUCUUGAAGACAACGGUGACCGUAAACGCAGUGACUUGUCAUCGGAUGAGAGCAGCUCCGAGUCUCCUGCGCCAUCCUCCCACUCGAGUAUCGUUCAACCUGAUGCCGAAGAGUCUGGUCAUGGUGCUGACUUCCCACAAUUAUCGUUUGAUUCCCUCGAAGAUCAACAAAAAACUGGUGCGGGACCUGCAUCUAUUGAUACAAAUUUGCCAAAGAAAGCGGACGGGACAUUUGAGCCUUUCAAGUCAUUGUCAACUCGGUGGCGUUCCGAAGAUUGGCAGGACAAGUUAAACAAACCGACGCCUUCGUUGUCUGGAGAUUUCUCGGACUGGAAUGGCACUUUGUCUCUCAACACAUUGGGGAACAGUUUAUUGGACACAACAGCCAGUGGCAUCCAACGCAACGAGACCGUUUGUUCAGGUAACCGCAGUGAAUCAAGCAGCUUUAUCAGUGGCAAGGCUCCGCGGCUGUACCUCAAUGAGUUUGCAGCUUUUGCGGCUCCUUCAUUGUCAACCGGAACGACACCCAAAGCGACCUCUAAAAAGGCUCCCCCAGGCUUUACCACCGCAGAUGCCAAACCGCUGGAGGCACGCGCAGCGUUUGAGCGACUUCGAAACAGUGGCGGGUCAGUUCCGACCGUCAGUAACUGCAGCGAUUCCUUUGGUGGCAACUCCGUGUUUGCCAGCAAGUUGCCACUUUUCGGUCCGGCCUUGCCUUCGACAAACGAUGACCGUGUCAUGUUGGGCACGGUCGGCCGCAUCGGCAGUGGAAGGUCGAAGGUACUUCGCAGUCAAGACUCCGGAUGAGUCACCUCUGGUAGAAGUUGUUGCCACGGUUUGCACACGAAAUUCCGGUGUUCUUCCAGACUGGACUAAAGUUUUUUUUUUUUUUUUUCAAAAAUGACACUUCGAGUUGCCAAAGUCGAUCUCUUUGCUUUUUUAGACCCGC